AUGCUGUCAACUGUUUUAAAAUCUGUAUUCGGUUAUGAAGUCUUCAAAAGUGAUGUUCAAAAACAAGCAACCACCGCUGUUUAUAAAGGUAAACAAGAUGUAUUUGUAUGUAUGCCAACUGGAUCUGGCAAAUCACUUUGUUUUCAAUUGCCAGCUAUAAUGAAAGAUGAUAAAGUUGCAAUUGUUUUUUCACCACUCUUAGCUUUAAUGAAGAAUCAAGUAGAUUUUUUAAUUAGCAAAAAAAUAAAUGCAAGUUCAUUGAAUUCAAACACAUCUACCAAAGAUAGAAAUGCAAUAAUUCAAGAUUUAUCAUCUACUUCUCCAAAGAUUAAAUUAUUAUACGUUACCCCUGAAAUGGGUGCACAAAAGCAUUUUCAAGACAUAAUAAUAAAAUUAAGGAAAGCACAGGCACUGUCUUAUUUUGUUAUUGAUGAAGCUCAUUGUUUAAGCCAGUGGGGUCAUGAUUUCAGACCCAGCUAUAGGCAAUUAGGAAUAUAUAAACAAUUAUGUCCCAAUAUUCCAAUAAUUGCAUUAACAGCUACUGCUGCAAAGGAGGUAAAAGAUGAUAUACUGCAAUGUUUAAACAUGAGAAACUCUUUAAUAUUCUCAGUUCCUGUAUUUCGAUCUAAUCUUUACUAUGAUGUAUGGUUUUUAGAAGCAUUAGAUAAGCCUUUUGAACACCUAAAAAGUUUUAUUAUAGAAGCUCUUGGUUCUCAAGAUAAGUCUGUUCCAAAGGUGAAAAAAAGUUGUGGUAUUAUUUAUUGUAGAAAGAAGGAAGCAACUGAAGUAAUUGCAAAUAAAUUGUCCAUUUCUGGUAUACCUACACUAGCAUAUCAUGCUGGUUUAAAAAAUCAAGAACGUAAUGAAGUCCAAAAUAAAUGGACAUCCGGCGAAAUACCUGUUAUUGCAGCAACAUGCAGUUUUGGAAUGGGUGUAGAUAAAGGAUCUGUUAGAUUUGUAGUUCAUUGGACAGUUCCUCAAAAUAUAGCAGCAUAUUACCAAGAAUCUGGUAGAGCAGGCAGAGAUGGUAACCCGGCAUUUUGUAGAAUUUAUUUUAGUAAUGAAGAAUAUGGACCCAUUGCAUUUCUUAUUAAAGAAGAAAUUACGCAAAAAAAUUCGGAACUAGUAAAACUGAGAUGGAAAAAUUUUGAGAAAACUGUCGCGUAUUGCCUUGAAGUAAAAUGUAGACAUGCAGUAUUUUCUAAAUAUUUUGGAGAUAGUCCGCCACCGUGUAAAGAUAGGUGUGAUGUAUGUAAAAACAAAGAUGUUGUUCAAGCAAGAGUAUCGCAGUUUGAAAUGUCUCAAACAAGAACACGAAUAUCGAAACCCAGUAGUAAUUUAGAUGGUAUUGCGUUAUCAAAACAUGAUGGAGAUGAAAAUGAAUUCGGAGGACAACAAGUUUCAAGAGAAAAACUUUUAGCUGAAAGUAAACGGGAAGCUAAAGAAUUAAUUGAGAAACAGUUUGCUAUUCGAAGAAGUAAUAGAAGUAAAAACGAGGAGAUAACGAAACAAAAUCGUGAAGAUGCUAAACAAUCUCAGGUAUGUGCAGCUGAAAGUACUGACAUAAAAAUAAAGGGUUUAGCUGUACAAGUUCGAGAACAUUUUUAUACUCAAUUAAAAUCGGCGUUAUUGGAUAAUUAUCAAAAAAUGUUUCUGGAAUCUAAUGGUCAAACCCAACAAAAUGAUAUGCAUAACAUAGCAUAUGAUCUUGAAUAUAAAGUGUUAUGCAAUACUAAAGUUGCAAAUAAAUAUAAAUUUGACAUGUCUAAAUUGAUUUCUUCCGUGCGUAAGUGUACCAGUGCUAACACGCUUCAUGAAUAUUUAUACGAUUUUAAUACGAAUAGUGAGUUGCUUGUACAAUUAGAAUAUUUAAAUGAUUAUACAAAUAAAGGGGAAGAAAGCGAUAAUCGUUUAGAAGAGAAUAUACAAAUAAAUAAGAAUAUUUCAUGUCCUACAUUUAAAACUGCCUUAGAACUUAGAAAAGACGAUAAGUUAUUAGAAACUAAGUCUAGCAAUAGAAAGAAAUAUUUAUUUAAUGCAAACAUUUUGCAAGAUGACAAUAAAAGCACCAGCACAGGGAAAAAGCAAAAUGAUGUCAAUAAAAGUCAUUUUCUUUUUACCGAGCACGAGAAUGCUGAAAAAAGAAACCUAACAGAAGAAGAUAAUGAAACAGCUGUCAAGGAAGAUAAGACUACUGAUUUUCAAGCAUUAAGUUUCACUUGUGCUCGAAAACUUCACGAGGAUAAUGAAACGUUAUUCAAAAAUCGUGAUAAAAAAUCACGAAAAUCUUCGAAAGAAUCUAUAAAAAAAGAUUUAAAAAAUAAAAAAGCAUUUGUUGCAAGUAAAUCAGUUUAUGAACAAAUUUUGCAAUCUGUAAAAUCACGUUCUGAUGAUACAAUUUCGAUAAGUAAUGAAAGUAAUCAUAGUACAAAUGUUACGGAGGAUUUAAUGGAAUUAAAAAGCGAAAGUAAAAAGAAGCGUAAAAAUGUAGAUUUAUUUAAAGGUAAUAUGGAUGCUGAAUUAAAUAAAAAGGCGAAGUUUGAUGAUAAUAAGUUGUCCCUAACUAAGAGUAAAGAAACUAUUAACGCUAACGAAACUAGUGUAAACGAAGUUUAUCUCGAUAAAAAGAAUAAAACUGACAAUGAAAGGAAUGAAAUUGUACAUAGUAAAAGUGAAAAAGUAUUUUCAGUAAUAAAAGAUAAAGAAAAGCAAGAAGUUUCAAAAGAGGAAAACACGGUAAUUCAACGUACAGAAAAAAGAAGGUCGUCACAAGAAAAACAUGACAAGAAAAGCCAUUCAAAACAACAAAUAAGUAAAAAUAAAAAGAUACUCGUACCUGCAGAUAAAGUGACCCAGUUUAAAACUGCAGAAAUUUUAAAAUCGUAUUUAAUGAAGUACUAUCCAUCUGAACGUAUUCCUGAUCGAACAACAUUUUCAAAAACGUGUAGAGAAAUGCAUCAUACCCUCCUUGCCAAAAAAAUAUUCGAUAAAGGUGGAAUACAACAAUUUGUUACGAACUAUAUGGCGCAGAAUUAA